AACCCGGAGAGGCUCAGCGGCGGUUGGGAAUUAUUAGGAAUGGGUCACUUAAAUGGUCCUACUCUUCUUCCAAACUCUCUAACAAGACUUUUAUUAUUGUUACUCUGUAUAUUUGGGCUUUCUCUCGGUACCGAGCUUAGUUUUGUGACGUGUGGCUCAGUGGUUAAACUGUUAAAUGUAAAGCACAAUGUGAGACUGCACUCACACGACGUCCGCUACGGCUCCGGUAGCGGGCAGCAGUCUGUAACAGGAGUGACAUCAGUAGAAGACAGUAACAGCUACUGGAGCGUCCGUGGGACAAGUGGCACCUUGUGCCAUCGGGGCACGCCGGUUAAAUGCGGUCAGACUAUCCGCCUCACUCAUGUCAACACGGGCCGAAACCUGCACAGCCACUACUUCGCCUCCCCGCUGUCCUCCAACCAGGAGGUGAGCGCGUUUGGAGACGAAGGUGAAGGAGACCACCUGGACGAGUGGACAGUUCAGUGCGGCGGAUCCGUGUGGAACCGCGAGGAGGCCAUACGUUUCCGUCACAAGGCCACAGACGCGCUGCUGUCAGUCACGGGGGAGCAGUACGGCCGGCCCAUCCACGGUCAGAGGGAAGUCCACGCCAUGGCGAGCCCCAGCCAGCACAGCCUGUGGAAGGCCAUGGAGGGCAUCUUCAUGAAGCCCAGCGAGAGCCCAGCGGGCAGCCGGGAAUACGACCACAUGCACACCGAGUUCUGAACUCUUCUUCUUCGCUUCUGUUACUUCCCGUGUCCUAUCUGUCCCGUUGUCUUCCUUCCUCUGUCCCCAAUUACACACAUGUACCAGCAACCUGUCGUCUCUUUUUAUUCUCCCGUCGUCUUCUGAGGAGACUGUGCCAAAGUCUGUGAUGGAUCAGGGUACAAGACUUAUCAAACCUCUGUCACGUUCAACGGGCCUCAUGCAACAACGUUUAUAUUCUCUCUUUAUAAUUUAUACAGGAUUUUCAAACUCAAAAUUGCUUCAAAGUAAUGAAAUAACAAGAACGUUAGAGAAAACCUGCACAUGACCCCGGCAACAGGUUUGUUCAGAAGAGAAAAUUAGAACGGGGAAGCUCUUCUAAGUCACUUUAGAACAAAUCUGUUGCUAUGAGUGGUUCUUGCAGGAGGCCCAGUGUGUUUUAAGGAUCACUACUUGAAUCUUUUAAAGGUGGAGCAGCUACACUCACUGAGCUAACAACAUCUUUCAACAUCAUUAGAAAGACUAAUUUAUGCAGUUUAUGUUGCAGAUCUGUACAUUUAAAGUUAUCAAGUGGGUAUUUUGUUUUAUUGGACUUAAAAAAAAACAUUGUUAAACUUGUGCCUUUAUCCUUUUUUAGUAGGUGCUUCCAUUAUGGAGCCUUUUUUAAUUUUUGCAAACAGAAGAACUUGAUUGUGUGUUUAUGGUAUUUGUAAGCCAUAUUCUCCUCCAACAGGCUGAACAGUGUUGACAGAGUGAAUUACAGCUGCAGUGACGGGAGAGAACAAGCAGAGUUUUGUCUGUGGAGGUGCUUUGUUGUUGUUGUUGUUUUUAAACGAAGUGGCUGUUGUUUAUUGUCAGUUUGUGGGGAGAAAGUUUUACAUUCAUGCAUGCACAUUUGUUGGAUCAGCUCUAAGUUCCAGAGGUUCAUACAAGCAACAAACCUGCAAAGAAUACCUCAUAUUAAAGUGAUUUUUAUGCA